CGGGGAGUCCAGCUCUCUAUUAAUACCUCUCUCCAUUCCUUUUUCUGUGUGUUUCUGUCUCUUGCUUGACAAUCCCUGAAUUAUUGAACUAACCCCCAGAUUUUGUGCUUACAAAGUACCUAGUGGCUCUUGUCAGCUUCUUGAGGUGUGUGKGGGGGGAAUUCACCAACUCUAUCCAACUUCUCCAGAGCUGUCAAAUGCAAUUAGAGUAAGUUGAUCAGGGUUUGUUUCCAACUUAUCCUCUCCAGUUGGUCUCCAUUCUUUUCUCCCCACCCUCUUUUUACUAACUCCCCUCCCCCACACCUUCUCUACUGCUCCCCCCACCUCUGAAGACCUCUAUUCAUGUGGCCCUGAACACUGAGUUCACAUUGUCAAAAACAGAUUUGCCUGCAAUAGACAACACAGUAGCCUCUUCACACCUCAUCAUCCCAGAGGCAGCAAUCAUUGUGUCCAAUAAGAUGGGGGACACAGCGCCCCCGCAGGCCCCCGCAGGAGGGCUAGGGGGGCCUUCUGGGGCGGGGCUCCUAGGAGGGGGCUCAGUCACMCCGAGGGUGCACAGUGCUAUCGUGGAGCGCCUGCGGGCUCGGAUUGCUGUCUGCCGCCAGCACCACCUGAGCUGUGAAGGACGCUAUGAACGUGGUAGGGCCGAGAGCUCAGACCGUGAAAGGGAGAGCACCUUGCAGCUCUUGAGCCUUGUACAGCAUGGCCAGGGAGCAAGGAAGGCUGGCAAACACACCAAGGCCAAUGCCACCGCUGCCACCACUUCAGCCCCUCCACCGCCCCCUGCUGCCCCUCCUACGGCUUCCCAAGCAGCAGCAACAGCAGCCCCACCGCCCCCACCAGACUAUCACCAUCACCACCAGCAGCAUCUGUUGAACAGUAGCAAUAAUGGUGGCGGUGGUAGGAUAAAUGGAGAGCAGCAGCCACCAGCUUCAACCCCAGGGGACCAGAGGAACUCAGCCCUGAUUGCGCUCCAGGGUUCCUUGAAAAGAAAACAGGUAGUUAACCUGUCUCCUGCCAACAGCAAGAGGCCCAAUGGCUUUGUUGACAACUCUUUCCUUGAUAUCAAAAGAAUCCGUGUUGGGGAGAAUCUCUCUACUGGACAAGGUGGCCUCCAAGUAAAUAAUGGACAAAAUCAAAUUAUGCCAGGGGCCUUGCCUAUGAGUCAGGCACCCCCGAGAAAGAUUAGCACACUGCCAUCCCACAUACAUUCUCCUGGCAAUGCUUUGUUUAACAUGGGCUUAAAAGAAGUGAAGAAAGAGCCAGGAGAGACUCUGUCUUGCAGUAAGCACAUGGAUGGUCAAAUGCCCCAGGAGAAUCUUUUUAGUAAUAGGUAUGGAGAUGACCCUGGAGAGCAACUGAUGGAUCCUGAGCUGCAGGAACUUUUCAAUGAACUGACCAACAUAUCUGUGCCUCCCAUGAGUGACCUUGAAUUGGAGAACAUGAUCAAUGCCACCAUAAAGCAGGACGACCCAUUUAACAUUGACUUGGGUCAGCAGAGCCAGAGGAGCACGCCCCGACCCUCCUUGCCCAUGGAGAAGAUGGUGAUCAAAAGUGAAUACUCACCUGGCCUGACUCAAGGCCCCUCCAGCUCUCCUCAGUUAAGGCCUCCAUCCGCUGGCCCUGCAUUCUCAAUGGCCAAUUCUGCCCUCUCCACUUCGUCCCCAAUUCCUACAGUCCCUCAGAGCCAGGCUCAGCCUCAGACAGUGUCAGGAGCAAAUCGGGCCCUGCCAAGCUGGCAGGAAGUAUCCCAUGCUCAGCAACUCAAACAGAUUGCGGCCAAUCGUCAACAGCAUGCCCGGAUGCAGCAGCAACAGCAGCAGCAGCAGCAGCAGCAACAGCAGCAACAGCAGCAACAGCAGCCGCAGCAGCAGCAGCACCAGCCUACCAACUGGUCAGCCUUGCCCUCUUCUGCUGGACCAUCCCCAGGUCCAUUUGGGCAGGAGAAAAUUCCCAGCCCUUCUUUUGGUCAGCAGCCAUUCAGCCCACAGGGCUCCCCUAUGUCCGGGGUAGCUGGCAGUAGCAACCAGUCAAAAGUAAUGGCUAACUACAUUUACAAGGCCAGCCCCUCAACCCAGGGUGGGCAUCUGGAUGUGCUCAGCCGAAGUUUUAUUAACAACCCCCACCCAGCCCUGGAGCCCCGUCAUGGCAACACCAAGCCUCUGUUCCAUUUUAAUUCAGAUCAAGCAAACCAGCAGAUGCCUUCUGUUUUGCCUUCUCAGAACAAGCCUUCUCUCCUACACUAUACCCAACAGCAGCAGCAGCAGCAACAGCAGCAGCAGCAGCAGCAGAGCUCAAUGACAGCUCAGCAGCAGCAGCAGCAACAACAGCAGCAGCAACAGCAGCAGCAACAGCAGAGCUCUAUUUCAGCUCAGCAGCAACAGCAGCAACAACAACAGCAACAGCAGCAGCAGCAGCAACAGCAACAGCAGCAGCAGCCACAGCAGCAGCAGCAGCAGCAGCAGCCACCAUCACAGCCCACCCAACCCUUAUCAAGCCAGCCUUUGAUGAGGUCACCCUUACCACUUCAGCAAAAGAUCCUGCUUCAGAAAAUUCAGAAUCAGUCCAUCACAGGACUGGGCUAUCAAGUCUCCCAACAACACAGACAGGAUCAACAUUCUGUGGUAGGCCAGAACACAGGCCCAAGUCCAAGUUCCAACCCCUGCUCAAAUCCAAACACUGGAAGUGGUUACAUGAACUCCCAGCAGUCACUGUUGAAUCAGCAAUUGAUGGGAAAGAAACAGACUCUACAGAGGCAGAUCAUGGAGCAGAAACAGCAGCUUCUUCUCCAGCAGCAGAUGCUGGUUGAUGCGGAGAAAAUGGCUCCACAAGAUCAGAUAAACCGACAUUUGACAAGGCCACCCCCAGAUUACAAAGACCAAAGAAGAAAUGUUGGCAAUCUGCAACCAGCUGCUCAGUAUUCUGGUGGCUCAUCGACGGUGAGUUUGAACUCUAACCAGGCUUUGACAAACCCAGUUUCGACACACACAAUUUUAACUCCCAAUUCCAGCCUCAUGUCUACUGCUCAUGGAACAAGAAUGCCAUCAUUAUCCACAGCAGUUCAGAACAUUGGGAUGUAUGGAAAUCUGCCUUGUAAUCAGCCUGGCACAUAUAGUGUCCCUUCAGGAAUGAAUCAAAUGACCCAACAGAGAAAUCCAAAUCAACUUAUAGCCAAUCAAAACAACCCUCUGAUGUCACGGUCAUCUACCUUAGGGCCAAAUAACAAUAGCAAUGUGGCCACUUUUGGAGCUGGAUCUGUUAGCAAUUCACAACAACUGAGACCAAAUUUAACCCACAAUACGGCAAGCAUGCCAACCCAGAGAACAUCCAAUGUAAUGAUCACAUCCAACACAACAGCACCAAACUGGGCCUCUCAAGAAGCAACAACCAAACAGCAGGAAGCUCUGAAGUCCACAGGAGUCCGCUUCCCUACAGGAACGCCUGCCACCUACACUCCAAACCAGUCACUGCAGCAGGCAGUGGGCAGCCAGCAAUUCUCCCAGAGGGCAGUGGCUCCUCCUAACCAAUUAACACCAGCUGUGCAAAUGAGACCCAUGAACCAAAUGAACCAAGCAUUAAAUGGACAAACCAUGGGUCCACUCAGGGGUCUGAAUCUCAGACCCAAUCAGCUAAGCACACAGAUUUUGUCUAAUUUGAACCAGUCAGGGACAGGGUUGAAUCAGUCAAGGACAGGUAUAAACCAGCCACCAUCCCUGACACCCAACACUUUUCCUUCAUCCAACCAAAGUUCCAGGGCUUUUCAAGGAACUGACCAUGGCAGUGACUUAGCUUUUGACUUCCUCGGCCCACAGACUGAUAACAUGGGUCCUGCCCUCAACAGUGAUGCUGAUUUCAUUGAUUCGUUAUUGAAGACAGAGCCUGGCAAUGAUGACUGGAUGAAAGACAUCAAUCUUGAUGAAAUCUUGGGGAACAACUCCUGAAGGAGAAAGGGCAGACAGUUCACAAACUCGAAGCACUAACGGCAGAAUUUUACAAGGACGCUGUAAAGGCCAAACUUUUGACUUCCACAUGGAUUACAUGAAGAUACUGUGGCUUAAAAACAGAGACUAACUGUAGUGAACAUAUUGGUCCAAAUUAUUUUUUAAAAUCUGAAACCUGAAAGUAAAACAUUGGGAUCUCUUUUCCCCAUCUGAACUCCAGGACAUAUUUUCCAAUUUAUCCAAACAGAACUGUGAUAUUAAUGUGUAAUUAAUUGUGUAAAAUAGACCUCCCAAGCUCUUUUUCUCCCUGAAUGAAAAGUAAUAGAAUUUAUAGCUUGUUUCAACCCUGUGUCACGGGGAGGUACUAGUUCCAAGCAACAAGCAGCAGAUUCCUUAAUUUACUCUCAUAGAUAUGUGUGGUUUAAUUUUCCACUAUCUUUUCAUUUAAUUUUCCUAAAGCUUGCAGGAUAGAUUGAAAUGUUAUAGAUUUGUUUGGAGUAACUGAACGGUGUUCUAGGUGAGGGAAAGCCAGAAUCUAGAAAACAUCCAGCUGAUGAUAGAAUUUCUUCCCUAGAUUUGGUCCUCAUUUUUGCAAUUGUCCCACAUAUUCUAUACUUCAGUGGGAUGUUGUAUCUAGUAAUGAAAUAAGAAUGAAGGGCUGCAUAACUCGAUGUUGGCUUCCACAACCAUCUGAAUCCAUUCCCUACCAAGUUUUAGAUAUAAAUAAGACUUGUCCUAAUCAUACUGAAAUACUGGUGCACACCUGUCUGUAUCAGAUUUCAUUUUUUAAAAAAACCGACACUGGACCUUGCCAUAAGGAGAUUUAUUUGGCCAGAAGUAGCCUGAGGUAUUAUUUAUUAUGAUUGAUUCUCACUGGUUUGUUCCCGAGGUGAGUGAAAUUGAGCCUGUCUUCCAUACUAAUUUUGAUGACUAGAGAAUGGUUUGUAAGAAAAGGAAGUUGGAAAUAAAAACUAAGAUAAGAAAGUAUUGAGUUUUAAUUGGAGGUAAAAGAAACAGUAGUAGCAGGUAGGAGUGGGUACAAAUCUACUUCAUAGAGUUUAGAGGAAAGCAUAAUUGGAAGAGAAAACAUUAUUUUAAUUGGGGUGAAUAGCUAAAUAAGAUGUAGUAUGUUAGUUGUGGCCUAUUCAUUCUUCUGUCCCCGAUGUGAUAAUUCCUUGCCACAUGCUAUGGGCCCUUCAUAUCUAAGUUUUAUCCCACAGGGCUGAGUACUAUAUCAAACAAAGUUUUUAUUGAGUAAUUUGAUCUCAGUACCCAUAUACAGAUGAGCUAAAAGUGGGGAAGAUGUGCAGAUUUGGGAAGGAUGCAAAAUAUACUAAUUACAGAGGAGCAAAGGUUAUUGUCAGCAUUUUAGUUAUACAUUCAUAUUUAAGUAUCAAAUGUACUUUAAUUGAAGUCAUUUAAAAACCAAGUCUUUAAAUAUCUGUUCAAAAAAGAAGACACUUUUUAAAAAUGAGUCCUGCCAUAUUGCCCAGGCUGGCCUUGAACUUGCGAUCCUCCUGCCUCAUUCUCCCAAGUAGCUGGGAUUACGGGUGUGCACCACCAUGAUGGCAUUGAAAGAACACAUUUUGAAAGUUCUGCAAAGCCCUCUCCCAGUCUUUAAAAACGUCUAGAGGCACCCUCCUUCCUUUAUAGAAUACCAACAUCACUGGCUCAGAUUUUCUGUGCUAAUUUGUAAAUAUAAAUAAAUGAUUUGUUUUGUAAACUUUUGUAAAGAAUAUUUUGGUAGAAAUACUUAAAACAUAU